AUGGAAGACGAAAGCUACACAGCAGUCGAAGCACCAGUACCAGUGAGGAGGACGAGAGGUUUCAAGGCGAAAGAGGCAGCAAUUUAUCGACGAAAAUGGUUACCACAUGAUGAGGACGUUCAAUCCGGUAGUGAU